AUGAACAACUCACUCUCAGUUAACAUUCUCCGCAUCCUUUUAGUUAUCUUCGACGUUGUCAUCUUCGUGGCCGGUGCAAUUAUGACCGGCUUCGGCAUCUACCUUGUAAUUGAAGCCAAGAAAUACAGUACGGCAGGGUCAGUUAAUGCGAUUGCCAGUGCUUUUUUGGUUUUGGGACUUCUCGUGCUGAUCACAGGUUUCUUCGGCUGCUGCGGUGCCAUGAAAAUGAAUAAAUGCUUCCUCUUUUUCGUCGUCCUGAUGGUGAUUGGUGAGAUCGCCUGUACUACUGCCCUUAUAGUCAAUAAGGAUAAGUUCAGACCGUACAUCGGAAAAUACUUUCUCAGUGCAAUUCAAGAGAUUGAGAGCAAUAAUAAUACAGAAUUGUUGAGAACUAUCCUUUACCUGCAGGAUGAGAUGGACUGUUGUGGUGCCAAUGGCCCGGCUGAUUGGAAGGCACCCAACAGAUUCUGUUGCGAAGAUGGAAGGCAGCUAUGUUUUACAUACCCUUUAGUGGGCUGUGUAGAUGAGAUCUACCGUGAACUGAGAGAGAAUAUCGUUGGGAUUGGAGCGGCUAUAUUUGCGCUCGCAGCACUCGAAGUAGGCGCCAUAAUGGCCGCCGUCGUUUUGGCGAAUAAAAAUGAGCCGGUGUAA